AUGAAUACUCUUGCAUCACCAUCCACACAAUCAAUCAAAUCCAAUUUCAAUAACUAUCAUGCCUUUAAUAAUCAUCAAAUAGCCCUUGUUCCAACAUCUCAGUAUCAACAACAACAACUGAAUGAAGGCUCUUCUUCAUCUACUACCAUUGUAACACACAGGAGCCAUCAUGAUGAGCCAAACAUCCCUACUACUUCUACUAACAAUUCUGCUAAGGCAGCACCAAACCAUCAUCAUCACCAACAACAACGCGGGAAUAGCUUGCCAUCCUUUGGUGAGCAUUUACGUUUACUGAACCAGGUCCAGCAAUCCAUAAUGAUGAAUCAACAACAAAAACAACAAAAACUGGUGAUGAAUGACGCUGUUGUUGCUUCCGCCACAAAUAUCAAUACAGGAGGAAUGGAAAUGGCAUCUUCAAUGAUGAAUCAUGAUAAUCACCAAUGUGCACAGAAUACUAUGACUUCUCAUUCCGAAUUUACCAAUUCCAUGAAUGCAUUGUUGCUUUCACAACAGUACUUGCUGAAUCAGCAACAAGAACAACAUCAAUUUGCCCUCCAGCAGAGCUCUUCUUCGAUCAUGCAAAUACCAUCCUGCCAGCAUCACGGCCUGUCUCCAAAACUGCCACAACAACAAAUCAUCACAUACCACAGUGUAGAAGGAUGUAUUGUUGAUGAAAACAAGAUUUUUGGACCUAUCAAUGUGUUGAAUGCAGAUGAAACCAAACAAACCAAGAUUGUGGUCAUGCCAACUAGUGUCUUUCAAAGAUUCUUAGAGCCAAUUCUGGAACAUAUCAAACAAGCACUCUUUACUCCUCUGCAACAACCAUCACUUGUUUCUGUUCUGCAUCCAUUGACAUCAUUGGCGCAGCCUCCGUCAUUCAUUGGUACAUUUCCACAACAAAUGCAUUCUCAUUCAUCUGGAUUGAACUUAAAAUUGGUUGUGAACUCUGACGACUUGGAACCAUUCAUCAUACAACAACAACCAUCGUCAAGUUACGACAAUAUAUUCAUGAACUGUCAUUCUUCCAAUGCAAAUGAGGUUUUGAGCCAGUCUCAGUAUCACAAUGCAAACAUGUUGCUUGUCGACUCCAUCCAACAUCAUCAUAACAAUGAACCAUUGUUAACCGGAAGCAGCAGAAGUAGUGAGAAUAUGAAAGAUCUAUCUGAGCGACUUGAGCAAGAUGAAGAUUGUUCGAUCAUUUUUGAGGAGAGUAACCAAGACGUGACUUCAUCUUGUCAGACAUCAUCUGAGACCUGCAAUGCAGUUUGCUCAUCUGGCGACUCGCACACAAAAGACAAUACACAACAACAACAAGGCAAUACAACCAAUAAUUACAAAAAGACAAACAACAAGAAGGGUAUUAAGAAGAAGCGAAAGUAUAUCAAGAGUGGUCUAUUCAGAAAGGACCCAAAGUCAGGUCAAUUUUUAUUUUCUUCAAGAGAUCGAGCAAGAUUAGCCACAUUAAUAACUCCACAUGAACAUGCCACAGGAUCAUCAUCCAAUAUUGCUACCAAUACUACUUUGCAUGAAGGAAAUGUUAAUACACCCAUGGAAAGCCAACAGUGCUCGAUUAGUAACAACAAUGACAGCAUUGCAUUAUUUGGUGGCAAUAGCAGCACUAGUGGUAGCAUUGAUCAACACCAUUCCAAUUCUUCAUCACCUCAUACGAGUACUUUGAGUUCAGAGUACUCUAAUGGAACGGAUGAACAUGAUCGCUUGGCAUUUGAGCUCUAUUGUAGUGAGACUGUUCCAAUUCACAAAGAUACAGCUUCAAAUAUGAUUUUAUUGAGAGAACAAUGGAGACUUCUUCCACACGAAGAACGAGAGCGUUAUAAGAGAUCCGUAGUUGUUAUGAGUACUCUUGAAAAUUCCAAUGCUGGUGAUGGAACGUUAAUGACAAAUGUUGACUACAUUGAAGAAUUUUCAGAAAAGGAUAAUAGUAAUUCUCUGGUAGGAAAGUAUUCUAGAUUGAAACGCCCAUUGAAUGCAUACAAUAUCUUUUGCAAAACACACUUUCCAGAAUUUCAGCAACAGUACCCUGAUUGUACUAUCAACCAGAUUUCAAAAUAUAUUGGAGAGAAAUGGAAAUCUCUUUCCAAAGAAGAAAGGCAGCCUUAUAUAGAUCAGUCAAAAAAGAAUUCACAACCUGUCGUGAAGAAACCCUUGUCUGCGUAUAACAUUUUCUGCAAGAGUCAGUUUGAAAUUUUCAAAAAGAAAUAUCCAGAUCUUAAUAUUCACUUAUUGUCAAGAAAGGUUGCCGAUUCAUGGAAGAGCUUGAGUGAAGAUGAAAAACGAAUCUAUUACGAGGGUGCUCAAAAACAACGCCAAGAAAAUCUAAUUCAAGUUCAUAAUAUGAUUCCAACCCUUGCCAAACAAUAG